CCGCGCAACCCAUACACAGUCGAGUUCUCGUCACAGCUAAGACGCAAGUAGACGCUCGCUUCUGCAGACAACCCAAGAAUCUGACCCAGGAUGUUGGGCCGCGACUGGAGACGGCCGGUGUCGGCGCCCUACCCGAGCGUGUGGCGGCGGCUGGAGGGCAGGCGACCCGUGGGUGGCAAGGUCCCGUCCUUCGUGAUACAGGACGUGCCCGAGGGCCGCGAGGAGGAGCUGCUGGACUUCAUGGAGUCGGAGCUGCUGGUCCGGGAGCCCACGUGCCGCAGCAGCGGGGUUCCAGGGGACCCGGAGUCGCGGGCCGAGUUCCGCGCCGUGUGGCGAGACAUGCUGCGCAGCAGGAUCUCUGUGGUCGCGCUGCUGGACGAAGGGAACGGCGCCGCGGGGCCGAGGAUCGUGGGCGCCAACAUGCUGGGAGUGGCCACGCGCGCCGACAAGAGCGCCAAGCAACAGUUCUCCGGCGGGCCAACCAGGAAGAUCGUCGGGCUCCUGGACCGCCUCGACUCCAUGGCCGACCCGUUCCAGAAGUACGGCGUGCAGGAGUACAUGUCAGCCUUCGGGCUGUCCGUGGCAGAGGAGUUCAAAGGCCAGGGGCUCGGCCAGGAGCUGCUGAGGGCGCGGUUCGACGUCGGGCGGGCAGUGGGGCUGAAGCUGACGGUGACCGCCUUCACCGCCAUCGAGUCGCAGGUGCUCGCCACGAGGCUAGGCUUCGAGGUGCUGUCCGAGGUCGCCUACCAGGACUACAAGGUCGACGGGCAGGUAGUCUUUCCCGACAUUGCGACCAGAAGCGCGAAGCUCAUGGCGAAGAGGAUAGAGUGACGUACGCUGCGAGCGGCAUGGUACCAUAAAAGUAGCAGACCGAUUUUCAACUGUGCAUAUGUGCAGAAAGCACUCAACAUUUCUGAGGCUACAUUACCUUUUCACUGCUGACAUCACUGAAGAGCGUUCUUUAUCCCAGGGCUACAAAUUGCAAGCUUAUUGAUAAUGCUCUGGUGUCAGGGUAUGAUGACAUAUUUCCGGCAAAGUGCAAGCCAUAGAAAGGAAUGAACACAAACAUGUGCAUUUUACACAGUGAAAACCUUCUAUCCAUCAUUGAUGAGUUAUUUGCCAAUUUAGCUGUCUGAAACAUGUACACUGGUGCGUUUUUGAAGCAAUGUAUAAUUGUUUAUCUUUAUGUAUACAAUUUUAUAAAUGGAAAAUUCUAAUAUGUUCUGCUCAAAUAAUUACUAUUAUAAAUUAGAAUUUUGAAACAAACAUUAAAGUACUUCAUGUAAACCAAAA